AUCUGUACGGUGUUCAAUAUGUAUGUAAUAUCUUUAUAUCUUUAUACUUUCAUUAUGAUUCCACCUUUAUUCUCAUUUUAUUCCAUAAUUAUCCCAUUUCAUUUCAUUGUCAUUUGGACAGAAAGGCAGAAAGAACUAGAAGGUAAGCCACAGCUACAGCUACAGCAUUCCAGCAUAUUAGACGUAGAUAACGCCCUCAAUCAAAGAAAUUGUAAGAACACUAGAUAAAUCCACAUCCAAAAAAAGUAAAAAGGAGCUAAAAGAUGAGAUCAAAAGCCACGAGGCUCAAUUUUAUUCUUCAAAUGAUAUCAAUACAUUGUAUAAAGAGCCAAGUUGAAUGUAUAAAAGAAUCAAUAAAGG